GUGACACUCUGGGAGGGGAAGCAGAACAAACUGUAAGCUGCUGGCGGAUCCAUCUUGCUCGAAAAAGAGACGAGGGUUGAAGCUUUCCCCCAGUUUAGUACCUUAAAGACUGCGUCGUUCCCCGUUAACCGCACUGGGGAGCCCGAGGAGGGGCUGUGCCGCUGUUUGUAGGAUGUCCCGACAUGAGGGUGUGAGCUGUGAUGCGUGUUUGAAAGGGAACUUUAGAGGAAGACGGUUCAAGUGUUUAAUUUGCUACGACUACGACCUGUGCGCAUCGUGCUACGAGAGCGGCGCCACGACAACAAGACACACGACAGAGCACCCCAUGCAGUGUAUAUUAACCAGGGUAGACUAUGACUUGUAUUAUGGAGGAGACACUUUUUCAGUAGAGCAACCGCAGUCAUUCACAUGUCCUUACUGUGGCAAAAUGGGCUUCACAGAAUCGUCCCUACAGGAGCAUGUCACCUCCGAGCAUGCAGAGACUUCUACAGAGGUGAUCUGUCCAAUAUGUGCAGCCUUGCCAGGAGGGGAUCCCAACCACGUCACAGACGACUUCACAGCUCACCUCACACUUGAACACAGAGCGCCAAGAGAUUUAGAUGAGUCCAGCAGUGUUCGACAUGUACGCAGGAUGUUCCACCCCGGUCGAGGGCUGGGCGGUCCCAGAGCACGACGGACAAAUAUGCACUUUACUAGCGGCUCCACGGGGGGGCUUUCGUCCUCCUCAUCACAAAGCUCCACCUACACCCCCAGCAACAGAGAAGCAAUGGACCCCAUAGCAGAGUUGUUGUCUCAGCUGUCAGGUGUGCGGCGUGCAGCAGGAGGGCAGAUAAACUCAUCGGGGCCUUCAGCCUCUCAGCUCCAGCAGCUCCAGAUGCAGCUGCAGCUGGAGCGGCAGCAGGCCCAGGCGGCACGGCAGCAAGUGGAGACGGGCCGGCACGCCACGCGACGCAGCAACAACCCGGGCAACACUGGCACCACCAUCCCUCCACCCAGCACAGCGACCGCCAACACUGCCACCGUGGGCGAAAGCAACCCAGCGUCCUCGUCCCACAGCUCCCAGUUCCUAUUAGCACGGUUGAAUGAACCUAAGAUGUCUGAAUCAGAGCGUCAGUUUCUAGAAGGAGAGCGCGCCGACCGCAGCCUGUUCGUCCAGGAGCUGCUCCUGUCCACACUGAUGCACGAGGAGAGCUCCUCCUCGGACGAGGACGAGCGCCGAGACUUCGCCGACUUCGGCGCCAUGGGCUGCGUGGAUAUCAUGCCUUUAGAUGUGGCGCUGGAGAACCUCCAGCUCCGAGAGAGCAGCUCUACGGGGAAGGAGCCUCCGCCGCCUCCUCUUUGAUGUCCGAGCAUCGAGCAGACUGUGUCCUCUCUGCUGCAACUGUCAGUGAUGGGCAGCCAACAGCAGCAGCCCCCCGCCCUCCCCUCUCCCUCCUCCCUCCCUCUAUUUUCUGAGUUUGUUUUUGGUGAUUGUAAUUUCAGGCCUGUCACCAUUUUUGUUACAUUGUAAACAAAAAUAAAUGAGAGCAAGUGGGAUAAAUGUGCGAGUGCGCUAAAGCAACUGAGUGAGCGAGCGAGAGAAGAGAAAUAUAUAAAUAUAUAUAAAAUAUAUAUGAAGUUGAUAAUCAAUCCACAUAACUUUCUUUUCUUUAUCAGGUUAAUGUUACAGGCAGCUGCGGCACACCUUUGCUUCCUGUGACAUGCAAACGGCUCUCCGUAUAAAUACUCCACAUUCAAAAAGUCAAAGAGGGCUGAGGCUCCUCUUAUGAAGCUGCUGUGUGUGUUCAUGACUAUUACUAAAUAAAAAGUGCUUGGAUGGGUGACCAUUACUACUGCAUGCAGUUCUUUGCAGCGUGCAUGACUUUUAAUGACCUUGUUGUCAUUAAAACCUGUUUUUUUUAUUUCGAAAAAGAUCCCAAAGCUUACAACUGUUUUUAAAAUGGUUAUCUGAAACGUGGCUACGACUUGGAAAUUGACAUAAACUGACAUGCAGAAUAGAAUUCUAACAGUUUUGUUAGAAAGAAGAGAAAAGAUUGCAUACAGCAGUAGUUUCUGAAGAAAUGCUGCAACAUGUGUGUUGAUGUUGGCCUGUGUCUCAGCUCCAGAAUGCCUUUUCAUGCAUCCGAUGAAAAGUAGAAGAAGAGAGUUUGCCUCUGAUUUGUUUUUCUAAAUGUUCUUUUUUUUAGUGAUCAGCUGUUUAGGCACCGUAAACUUCAUAAUUUAUAGACAAGUGAAGUCGCUCGACUAUGGUUUGUUGGUCUUUCACUCCUCCUUGAUAUCAGACCACAUGCUUGUUUGUUUUUCUUUUCUGGGAGCUCGAGACCUUUCACACUGCGGUUUUGUUUUCUUUCUGUUUGUUUGAUGAGAAGGUAUUCUUUUUUCUGCUAAGGUUAGCACUUUCUAUUUAUUCAUGUUUUUUCUUUCUGAUUCUUUUGAGCCUUUAAUCUGAAUAAUGCCACCUUCAUUGCCUAUACUUUGACCCUCUCUGUAAAUUACAAUGAGAUGUAUAUGGAAUUUGUGCGUUAACUUUCAUAAUGGUUCUAAGACAUGGGCAGACACUUUUUUUUUAAAUCUGUAAAUUUAGAAGACAAUAAAUAUAAACUGCGCACAGCUUUUGAUGAAAC